AACGGUCGUGGCGAGGGCCUCGUCUCAGUGGAUUCCACUUGGCAGUAAUCCAAAUACACUCUCACUUGUGCACUAGCACCAGCGAAAGUCAGGCAGGAAAAGCACAUAAUAUCUCAGUGUAUAUUUGUGAAAAUCGAGUUCGUGUGGCUGGCGAAAAGUGAAAGUUAUCCACCUCCCACAUUCACGUGAUUGUGUUUGAUUUGCCAAGCCAAAAAAAAACGACGGUUCCUCCGCCUGCUUACUUCGACAGCUCCUCCCCGUUGGCUGUUAAUUCAAAAUCAAUAAACCAUUCAAUAACAAGUGAGCCACUCGGCACUUGCACCAUGGACUUCACCAGAUUCAUGAACAAGUUCAACGAGAUCGAGCGCCAGCUGUCCCCCACCUCUGCCCUCCGGCUUAGCUUCGACAACAUAUCACCGGAGACGGAGGAGCCGCCGGAUGGCAACAAGAGGCUGUGGGGUGUGCCUGUGCCGCCCUUUGUCUCCGAGAAGGUGGUGUCCUGGAUCGAGGAGGAGUUCAACGAGGCGCCCGUCUUCUACAACGGCAACAGUGUGCUCAAGAAGGUGGAGAAUGUACGGAUGAUAGAUCGCUACAAUACCAAAAAUCCCACAGUGGGCACCCUCUAUCUGACGGCGACCCAUUUGAUAUUCGUGGAGCCCGACAGCAACAAGGAGACCUGGAUCCUGCACAUGCACGUGGCCAGCAUUGAGAAGCUGCCACUCAGCACCACAGGAUCACCGCUGCUCAUUCGCUGCAAGACCUUCCUGUCGGUAACCUUUGUCAUUCCCAAGGACUCCGAGUGUCACGAUGUGUACACCUCGCUGCUGAAACUCUUUCAACCAGUGUCCAUCAACAAAUUGUAUUGCUUCAACUAUCAGCCGGCCAAAGAUGACUUCCCCAAGAACGCCGGAUGGGACUUCUUUAAGCUGGAGGCGGAAUUCAAGCAUAUGCUGGUGCCGAACGAGAACUGGACCCUCUGCUCGAUGAACGAAAACUACGAGCUAUGCGACACCUAUCCCCGUCAGAUUUACGUGCCCAAGGAGGCCACCAAGCUGAUGCUCAUCAGUAGCUCCCGCUUCCGCUCCAAGGGUCGUCUACCGGCGCUCACCUAUCUGCACAACAACAAGGCCUCGAUUUGCCGAUGCAGUCAGCCGCUGUCUGGCUUUAGUGCCCGCUGCCUGGAGGAUGAACAAAUGCUGGAGGCUAUACGAAAAACCAAUCCCAACACAGACUACAUGUACGUGGUGGACACACGGCCACGGAUAAAUGCGAUGGCCAACAGAGCCGCAGGCAAGGGAUACGAGAACGAGGCCUUCUACGAAAACAUCAAGUUCCACUUCCUUGGCAUCGAGAACAUCCACGUUCAACGGACUAGCCUACAAAAAGUUCUGGAGGCCUGCGAACAGAAAUCGCCGACAAUGAGCGCGUUCUUGAAUGCCCUCGAGUCCUCUGGAUGGCUCAAGCACAUUCGCUCCAUAUUGGACACGUCAAGUUUCAUCGCCAACGCAGUGGAUAAGGGAGUCUCUGUGGUGGUCCACUGCUCCGACGGCUGGGACCGCACCGCCCAAGUCUGCUCGCUGGCUCAACUGAUGCUGAAUCCCUACUACAGGACGAUCAAGGGCUUCCAGGCGCUAAUCGAAAAGGACUGGCUGGCCUUUGGUCACAAGUUCAGUGAACGGUGUGGCCACAUCCAGACGGAUGCCCGGGAAGUGUCCCCGAUCUUCACGCAGUUCCUCGAUUGCACCUGGCAGUUAAUGUCCCAGCGCAGCGAGUCCUUCGAAUUCAACGAGCGUUUCUUGCUAAUCCUACACGACCAUGUGCACUCCUGCCAAUUCGGCACCUUUGUGGGCAACUGUGAGAAGGACCGGCUGGACUUGAAGCUGGCAGAGCGCACCUUUUCCCUCUGGGGCUUUAUGGCCAACCAUUUGAACGAGUACAUCAACCCGCUGUACAAGCCCAACGUAGAUGAGUCUAUUAAGGCCAAUCUAGCGCCCCAGUGCAUCAAAUUUUGGCGGGGCAUGUACAGUCGCUUCGAGAGCGGUAUUCAUCCACGAGAGCCAUUGGGUGACCUGCUACUAGACAGCAAGGAGCACUGCAAUUCGCUGGAAGACCACGUGCAGCAUUUAACCAAGCGUAUUGCAAGCUUCAAGAACUACAUCUCCAAGUCGGCCAAAAAACUACAGGAUGCAACUAGCACCACUUCGAAAGUUAGCAAAGAAGCCUCCAGCACCGAGAUCAAUGACAACAAGUAUAACUAUGACAAGAAGCUGAGCGAGCUGUCGGCAGCCGACGAUGAUCAUCCGCUGAAGGCCAGCAACAUGUCCUUUGCCAAUUUAUCCCUAAACGCCGAACAAUCUAGUCCCGCUCAAGCUUUGCCCGACGAACUCAACUCCGUGGCUGUGGACUGGAAGCCCAUGCGCAAUGUGACCACCUGCUCCUGCUCCACGCCCUUUGAUCAGUUCAGCAAAAAGACACAUUGCUGGCGGUGUGGGGACAUCUUCUGCGAGCGAUGCAUCGACAAGAAUGUGGCUCUUCCUGGACACGAUAGCGGCAAAGCGGUGCCCGUGUGCCGCGGCUGCUUCCGGCAAAUGCAGAAACAGAGUCCGUAAAUAUCACAUAAUUAAGGUCUAUGGAUAGCCUAGUUGAAUGUUGUUUGAGAGAUGCGAGAUGGGGAUUGGCCAUCGCAUGGAAAUUCUAUUCAAUUAUAUUGUAUGUAUUUAUUGUUGCAUUUGUAGCCGUAGUUGCUUACAGAAGCUCAUUCAAGUUGUUGCAAAUGAAAACCCCUGAGUUGAACCAAAACGAUCUACUAGCGAUUGGCUUCCUUAGUCUAUCCAUCAUCCUAGUCUGUAAGUCGGGCACAAACCCCUAUUCUGUUGUUUACCAGAAUAGAGAGACUAAUUUUCCGCAAUCCCACAAACGAGCAAAAAGUACAAUUGAAUGUAAAAUAUUACAGAAGCACUAAUGUUAUGUCAUAUAAUUAUAAUUUCCGAUCAAUUUCUGGAUCAAGUAUGUACAGACCGGGCUUAGCCCUCGCCCUGGCUUCACCUAUAUUCCAUUAGCUAGGGCAGUUCACCCUUAAAGUACUACGCCAACUUCUUUAUCGAUUUGAUCAAAAGUGUAAUAAAAAUUAUUUAUUCAACAA